GGAAGGGGCGGAGGAAGGAGACUAGAGCAGGAAGAGCAGCGGUUAGGCGGCGGUGGCUGAGUCGGUGGUGGCAGAGGCGAAAGCGACAGCUCCAGGCGGUGGCAGCGGCCCCGAGAGCAGGAUGCGGGUCCAGGGCGGGCUGACGCUGCUGCUCUGUGCGGUGCUGCUGGGCACGGCCUUGGCGAACUCGGAUGAAGAAGGCAGCCAGGAUGAAUCCUUAGAUUCCAAGACUUUGCCGUCAGAGGAGUCGGUAAAGGACCACAGCACAGGAGGCAGAGUGGUAGCUGGUCAGAUAUUUCUUGAUUCAGAAGAAUCAGAAUUGGAAUCCCCCAUUCAGGAGGAGGAAGACAGCCUCCGGAGCCAAGAAGGGGAAAGUGUCGCGGAAGAAAUCAGCUUUCUAGAGUCUUCAAGUCCAGAAAACAAGGAUUAUGAAGAACCAAUGAAAGUACGGAAACCAGUUUUGACUGCCAUCGAAGGCACAGCACAUGGGGAGCCCUGCCACUUCCCUUUCCUUUUCCUGGAUAAGGAAUAUGAUGAGUGCACAUCGGACGGGAGGGAAGACGGCAGACUGUGGUGUGCCACAACCUAUGACUACAAGGCAGAUGAAAAGUGGGGCUUUUGUGAAACUGAAGAAGAGGCGACUAAAAGAAGGCAAAUGCAAGAAGCAGAAAUGAUGUACCAGACUGGGAUGAAAAUCCUCAAUGGAAGCAGUAAGAAGAGCCAAAAAAGAGAAGCAUAUCGGUAUCUUCAGAAGGCAGCAAGCAUGAACCACACGAAGGCUCUGGAGAGAGUGUCAUACGCUCUUUUGUUUGGCGACUACCUGACACAGAACGUCCAGGCAGCUAGAGAGAUGUUUGAGAAGCUGACUGAGGAGGGCUCUCCCAAGGGGCAGACUGCUCUUGGCUUUCUCUAUGCCUCUGGACUUGGUGUUAAUUCAAGUCAGGCAAAGGCCCUUGUAUAUUACACCUUUGGAGCUCUUGGGGGCAACCUAAUAGCCCACAUGAUUUUGGGUUACCGCUACUGGGCCGGCAUCGGAGUUCUGCAGAGCUGCGAGUCCGCACUGACUCAUUACCGCCUCGUUGCCAAUCAUGUUGCUAGUGAUAUCUCGCUGACAGGAGGCUCAGUAGUGCAGAGAAUACGGCUGCCUGAUGAGGUGGAGAAUCCAGGAAUGAACAGUGGAAUGCUAGAAGAAGAUUUGAUUCAGUAUUACCAGUUCCUGGCUGAAAAAGGUGAUGUACAAGCACAGGUUGGUCUGGGACAGCUGCAUCUGCAUGGGGGGCGUGGAGUAGAGCAGAAUCAUCAGCGAGCAUUUGACUACUUCAAUUUAGCCGCGAAUGCUGGCAAUUCACACGCGAUGGCCUUCUUAGGAAAGAUGUAUUCCGAGGGAAGUGACAUCGUGCCUCAGAGUAACGAGACAGCCCUUCACUACUUCAAGAAAGCUGCUGACAUGGGCAACCCAGUUGGACAGAGCGGGCUUGGAAUGGCUUAUCUCUAUGGAAGAGGAGUUCAAGUUAAUUACGAUCUGGCACUGAAGUAUUUUCAGAAAGCUGCCGAACAGGGCUGGGUGGAUGGACAACUACAGCUUGGCUCUAUGUACUAUAAUGGCAUUGGAGUCAAGAGGGAUUACAAACAGGCCUUGAAGUAUUUUAAUUUAGCUUCUCAGGGAGGCCAUAUCUUGGCUUUCUAUAACCUAGCACAGAUGCAUGCCAGUGGCACAGGUGUGAUGCGAUCAUGUCACAAUGCGGUGGAGUUGUUUAAGAAUGUUUGUGAGCGGGGCCGUUGGUCUGAGAGGCUUAUGGCGGCCUAUAACAGCUAUAAAGAAGGCGACUACAACGCCGCAGUGAUCCAGUACCUCCUGCUGGCGGAGCAAGGCUACGAAGUGGCCCAGAGCAACGCGGCCUUCAUUCUUGACCAGAGGGAAGCAACCAUUGUGGGUGAGAAUGAAACGUACCCCAGAGCUCUGCUGCACUGGAACAGGGCCGCCUCUCAAGGUUAUACAGUGGCUAGGAUUAAGCUUGGAGACUACCAUUUCUAUGGAUUUGGCACCGACGUAGAUUACGAAACUGCGUUCAUUCAUUAUCGUCUAGCAUCUGAGCAACAACACAGUGCACAGGCUAUGUUUAAUCUGGGGUACAUGCAUGAGAAAGGACUGGGCAUCAAACAGGAUAUCCACCUUGCAAAACGUUUUUAUGACAUGGCAGCAGAAGCCAGCCCGGAUGCACAAGUACCAGUCUUCCUAGCGCUCUGCAAACUGGGUGUCGUCUACUUCUUGCAGUACGUACGGGAAACAAAUAUUCGAGAUAUAUUCACCCAGCUUGAUAUGGACCAGCUUUUGGGGCCGGAGUGGGACCUUUACCUCAUGACCAUCAUCGCGCUGCUGUUGGGAACAGUCAUAGCUUACAGGCAGAGGCAGCACCAAGACAUGCCUGCCCCCAGGCCGCCGGGGCCACGGCCAGCACCGCCGCAGCAGGAGGGGCCACCAGAGCAACAGCCGCCACAGUAACAGCCGCCGUGUCCAGCCCUGGUCAGUGACAAGCAAGGAGAUUGUUUGCAGAGAACACCUGCAUUUGAUUUGGGACUUUGGAUCAGUGGCCACCUCCCGAAAGAGGCACAAGGAAGCAUUGAAUUCCUAAAGCUGCUUAGAAUCUGAUGCCUUUAUUUUCAGGGAUAAGUAACUCUUACCUAAACUGAGUUGAAUGUUUCAAUGCCGUUUGGAAUAACAACUCUCAAUGGCUCUCCCUCCCCCCCUACCCCACCCCCUGGAAACAUGUGAGACACUUAGAGUAAUGUCCACUGUCUCCAGCUGUCUUUCCCGGGUCCUUUCGGUCCUCCUCUCCGUGUGCGUGAGUUCUCCGGUCAGCCUUCUCGAAGGACUUGUGCAUCGACACUAACGCCUGAUCUGUGCGGAAAGGAAGCCCCGGUUAGUUGCAAGUUUAACCUUAACGUGUUUGGAAAGUCUGAAACUAGAACUUGCCUUUUAAGUUACAAAAAAAAAAGUCUUCAAAGUGUAUCAGAAUGCCCAAACAGAAACUUUUACCAGUUCAUAUGCAAGUAUACAUAUUCAGCAUCUUUCUUAUUUUAAAAGGGAAGGAAGGGAAGUUUCUGACCGUUGGUCACUGUCGUGGUUUACACCAUACUUCUCUCCUUCAGAGACGGAAAGGCCGUGUUAACGAGUUGUGUGUGAACUUCAUUUCUUUGGAAUGGAAUGCAUAGAAAACAUUGUGAACUGACUCCCUGAGCUAACAUGUGCGUUUGCCCCACCUGCUUAAUGUGAUGUGUUUGUUUUGACUAUGCAAAGCCUUGGUCUGGAAGCCAGAGGAUGGACUAGAUGGGAGAAAUUAGAAAGCAAUAUUAUAGAACCCUGUGUGGGGUACCAAGAUCCUAGAUGUACUUUCCCCCAAGAGUCAAAGCAUUUGUUACCAGGAUUUCUUUAGUUUGCAUUUCUUUUCACAAAAGAACAGGUCCCCCUCCUGAGUUCUCUGGUAUGAAACACCGUUGCCCACGUCCGGCCUGCAGUGCCCACUGUUGCUGCACUAAAGCGGCACCACACGCUAAAACUGAGAGUCCGAGACGCGUGAAGCUCAGGGGUUGAGGAAGGCCAAAGCCUGUUUACGCUGUCCAGGUAGAUUUUUAUUUCUGCAGUUUGACGUUCCAGUAGAAAGUCCGUCGUUUGCUUAGCUGUCCUGUUCACCACCCUCCCACUGUGAGCACAGGCAAAUCAAGGCUAUUGCACUUGAGAACUGUCUGGGUACAUUGUAUGGAAAACAACAGUGGAAAAAAGCUCAAGGACGUCACAUACCCUACAAAUGAAAAAAACAAACUGGGGAUUUGCAUUUCUUUUCAGUGUCAGGUGGGGGGAUUCACCAGCCUGUCUUUAGUUUGAGGCUACGUUUGUGGGUGAGCAGGGCUUUCUAGGUCUUUGACUGCAGUCUGUUUAAAUUAACCUUUUACUCUCUCUCCGUAGUCCCUCAUCUGCCGGAAGACUUGAAGAGUUUAUGACCUGUAGAGUUGUAAGACUUUGGUUCUUGCAGUUGGGAUUGUAUUUAGAACUAGAUUUAAUUAGUCUAUAAUCAACAUGAAGGCUUCAAAUGUGAAGUUGUCUGCUUUGGUUGUUUAGAGUGUUACGAGAAACCUGGUAAGCAAAACUUCCUCCCAGAUAAUUGCUUCCAAAUUUGAAGAGGUGGUCACAGCGAGAACCCUGUGUCCAAAAGCUCAUCUGAACGGUAGGAAAUACUACCCUCAGAAAGUAUAAUGCCGCUAGGGGCAGCUCUCGUAACUACUACGGCGUGUUUGGUCUCGUGCACUGAGACGAGAGAUUCGCGUGCAGUUGGGGGGCUCUGUGGGCGUCCUCCCUGCCCUUCAGAAUCCGCACGGCCCUUGUAGCGGUUACACUUCAUUUCGAAGGAAUUGUUUUCAUUGAUUUAAAGUUAAAAAUCUCUAAGAUGACUCAACUUCCAUUUUUUCCCCUCUACCAUCCACCUAAUUUCUUCUUUAGCAGAAUUUUUAUCUACCUUUACUUCCCUCCAUCAGUACCUUAAAAAAGUAAGGCGUGUAACUGCGCACUACUACCAGAAGCCGGAUGGGAAAGGGCAGGCUUGUUCUUCAUGCAAUAACUAACUUCCUACCAGUUUACCACUUGCCGUGCCCUUUUUAUUACUAAUAUUCCAAAUAUCCCUUUCCCAGCUUUUUUCCACUUCCCGUUUUACCCUGGGUCUUUUGCUACUGGAAAUUUGAAUGGUGUAUUUAAAAUAACUUAGUUCCUAUGGCUUUGAUGCCAGUCCUGUGACUGUCUCAACAUACCCUGCUCCCACCCAGUCGGGUGGCUCAGUUAGUUGGAGCAGUGUCCCGUACACCAAAAGGUUGUGGGUUCAGUUUCCUGGUCAGGGCACGUACCUAGGUUGCAGGUUUGAUCCCUGGUUGGGGCACAUAUGGGAGGCAACUAAUUGAUGUUUCUCUCACAUCAGUGAUCCUCUCCCUCUCCCUUUCCUUCUCUCUAAAAAAAUCAAUAAGCAUACCCUCAGGUGAGGAUUAAAAAAAAAAACGAAACAAAACUCUUUUCACUAUACCUAAGCAAAUAGGGACUGGGUUUGAUGUUUCUCCUAAAAUAAUGCUCAAUACUUAACCUAAUCAAAUGGCAUCCAUUUGAAUAAAAUGACAGUAACUAAAGCUCGUUAAUGUCAGUGACAUUAAACUAACUCCAGGAUUUGGGAGUUUUAAUGUUAGCUUUCAGAGGCAGCAGAUAGAGCGCGGCCUCGUUUCCCCAUGGUAGCCGUGUCCCCUGCCCCUCCUCUCCGCCGCCUGCCUGCCUGCCUGCCUGCCUGCGCGGGUGCCGCCGGGAGUAGCCCUCUACGUAGGUGAGCCUCGCUCAUGCAUUCGGUUGUUGUUUAGUCAACUCUUUCAGUCUUUUUUUGCUUCCAUCUUAUGUUGCAAAGGUACCAAUGAUAUUUGUUUGUUCCUUUUUGUGUUGGAAGUUUUUGUUUCUGUUUUCUGAGUGAGGCUUAUAUUAUUUUUGGUUAACAUGCAAAGGCACAGAAAGAGUAAUACAAAACUCCUUUUUCAAAGUUCAUUAUUUAACACUUAAAUGAGACAAACUUGCAUUAAUCUUAAUACUCUUCACGAUGUGUCACCCUCGUGCACAUGAGGUGAAUGGGUAAGAGUUUUACUGCCGAGCUGUUUUGUCUGUACUGUUGGGACGUUUUAGAAACUUUCACUGUGAUCUGCUGAUGAUCGGAUGCUUUAUUUAAUUCAAGAGCUGCUCUUGCCUCCAAGAAACUAAAGGAUUUCUUUUUUUUUUUGCUUUGUUUUCCCCCCUUUGCUCCUCAUGUUUGUUCUUUAAACCAGUGCUGUGGAAGCACGCAUGCAAGCCCAUGAAGGGAGACACAGCUCUUCUUUGUGUGUGUAGCACUUGUAUCAUUGUCUGGCUACAUCUGGGAAACGCUCCCUUCACAGAGGUUUGGACUGACAUUUCACAUGCUCUUCAAAACAGAACGCUUCAGAUGAAACAGACCCUUUGCCUGCCGGGAAGAGCAGCACGGGCCACACCUGGCCCAGUGACAACUAGUGUUUGUCUGAAAGUGAGUUUAAUGUAUGUUGCACAAUAUUAUGACUAGAGAUGUGCAAGAAAAAAAUCAAAGCAAAAGAAACUUCUAUUUUCGUGAAGAUAUUUUUUAUCAGUCAUUGCUCUCAAAUAUAAAUGAAAUUAUAAAUUUCUGAGUACCAUAUUGUCUGAUGUGCUACCUGACUUUUAAUAUGUAGUAGUCAUUGAAAAGAAGCUAAAUUUCUCCUUCUACUUGUAUUUCAAGAAAAUUUAAAGUAUCCCAAGUAGAAAAGAUGUCUAUUUUAAAGUGACAGUUUGCACAGGAAAAACCCUGAUUUCGUGCGCAUGAGAAGGAUGCCUGGGCCGUGCGUGUGCGAGGAGUCACCACCCGCGCGCCGUGUCUCCUAUUUGGAAUGACGCGCAAGCUGACACUGUGCUCUGUGAUUGAAAAAGAUCAAUGUCGAUACGAUCAAGGUAUAACCACUAUCAAUAUUUAGAAGUUUUAAAAAACCGUAAGUUGGCAUUGGAAGGAACACCAUGGUAGACUUUUUUGUAAAUUUAUUUUGUAUUUAAUUAAAUACAGUAUAAAGGCUGGUGAAGUGUAAUAUAAUUGUGUAAACAAAUCCUGUUAAUAGAGAGAUGUACAGAUUUGUUUUGUACUGUAUCUUGAAACUUGUGAAAUAAAGAUUCCACCUCUGGUUAUCUUGUA